CCCAGCCACCCCUGCUUGGGCAAGUCAGACCUCCACCCAGCUCGGCUCGCCACCAAACCAAACAACAACUCAGCUAUCAAGCAUCCUCGCGCGCAUAAUCCACCGGUCAGGGUGAGCGAGGGACGCCCAUCCAUCUGCAUUUCCAGCGUCUUUGCAUCUCCUUCCGAUUGCUUCUUGUACACUAUAAUGACAUGACGACGUGACGACGACUCCCUGCGUCGAUACACACAGUACAAACUCACCUUAAUUACCCAGUCCGCGAUACCCCCAGCCUGCCUCUUUUCGCGAGCGAUAUUUUUUGCACCAUCGCCCAGAGUGCGCACACUCAGUGCCCCGUAAACGACACCGAACAAUCGCACCAUGUGGAGCAGGAUCACAGGCAAGAGCGACGGCUCGUCGCGCGACAAAGAUGAGGGUGAUGGCCGGCGGAAAAGGAGCGAUUCCUCGGCCUCGCGUCGCUCCAAGACUGCCGAAUCCGUGGUUUCGUCCAGUUCGACGAGGAGACCUUCGGGACGCGAACGCGAACGAGAGCGAGAACGAGAACGCGACCGCGACUCCAAAUCCAGGGUCCCCGAGAGCGUCGCUAGUACCUACGCUACCUUCGCAACCGCCAGGGACGACCGCGACGAUACGAGGAGCAGCGCAGAUCUGUAUGAGGAUCCCCACGAUGAAGAUAGAAGGAGGCGGCGCCGCGACGAUGAUGAGAGGUCGACGUAUUCACGAAAAGAGCGCUCGCCUAGCCGGGAACGAGGGAAAAGCGAGAAGAAGAGCUCGGGCAAGGACAAGAAUCGGGACAAGAGCUCCAAGAGGAAGAGUCGCUCCGAGGCUGGAGGCUCGCGUCCCCAAGAGAUAGUGGAGAGCCCACGACGAGGAACACGGCCGGCGGUUGGCGAGAUAGAAAAUCGCGCAUAUGAUCCCUCGCAGUCGCAAUACCCCCCAGCGUCUGAUGGACAGUACAUGAUGUCUGGUGCUCUACCUGCAGGUACCCUAUCAUCUCAUGUACAGGACCAGUUCCCUGGCCAGGAUCCCGCGCAGUUUGCAGCCCCUUAUAUCCCUCAAAGCCAUCCUGUCCAUACAGAUUCAUUUGGUGAGGCGUCUAACUACUACGGCGACCAAGGACAGUCGGUUCAUGAGCAGCCUGGUGUGCGACCAGAUGCACCCUCUGUGCUUAUGCCCUUGGACACUCCUCACCUUGUUUCAGCUUCAUCACAAGCUAACCCAGUCGCUGAUACCGGAAAUGGUGCUGCUGCUGAGUUUUAUGGGGCAUCCGACAACGAUGCUCUUCCAUCCAAGCCGCCGCGUCCUUCGUCUAUGCCCGGCGCUUUCACGGACGAGGAGACAUCGCCACCGAAACCCCCACGACCAUCCUCAAGGCCCGAUAAACCGAGCAAACUUACUUCAGCUGCAGCAAUGGCUAGCGCAGCUGGUUUAGGUUAUGCCGCAGGUCAUAGCUCCUCUCAAUCGCACACACAACACACUCAGAACAUACACGAAACCACACAUUACUCUACUACGCAAACUGGACCUGGCGCUUCUGGGCCUGCUUAUGGCUUUGAUGAUAAUGCAUCUUAUGCUGCUACCGAAUACACACAUCUGCCCAACUAUUCUGAGGCCAUGGAAGGCCAACCGCCCGUGAAGCCUCCACGGCCAAGCAAGUCCGGAAAAGAUCCUCACCACUCUUCCCACACAGGUUUAUAUGCUGGAGUUGCUGGAGCUGCUGCCGCUUACGGAUUAGCACACCAGCAUUCGCACAAUCACUCACAUCACCACACCUCAUCUAUGCCUGGCGGGUUCCCUUCAGAUCCUUACGGACCUUCACCUAGCCCGUUUAUGUCGGGCGGUAUGGCUCAUCGUCAUGAACAUAAAGGGCCAGGGACCAGAUUUGCAGAUUGGUGGAAGAACUACGAUGAUGUACGCAAGAUGGAGGAGUAUACCGAAUACAUUGGAGUCUGCCGUGGCUGCUUUGACCCCCGAUCUUCGCCCUUAGAUGCUCCUCGGAAGCAUCACUACCAUCGCAGGAGGUCAGGUGAAUUGCGAGCCUCUGGAAUCCCAGAAAAGCACUCGAGAUACGGUCUUUCGGAGAAGGCCUCGCGACAUUCUUUCUCGGGUGAUGAGAAACAAUCGCGGUACGGUUUGUCCAAGAAAGCCUCCCGCAAUUCAUUCUCAAGCGACGAGCGGCGACAUAAGCGCAAGAGUGGUAGUAACGGUGUUGGAUGGCUUGCUGCAGGACUGGGAACUGUCGGCCUUGCCCAAGCCAGUAAAGCGCUUUUGAAUCAACGUAGAGAUGAUUUUGAUGAUACCUAUAGCGUCAAGUCUGGACAUCGUUCUCGUUCUCACAGGAGAGAUAGCAGCAGCAGUUCUAGCGACGAUCGCAAGCAUAGCCACAAGCACCGUUCGUCCGGUCGUUCUGAAAUACGACACAGGAGCCGUUCCCGGGAUCGUAUGUCUGUGGGUAUAACUGGGAACCGUAAGUCAACUAUCAGACACAGGUCAAGAUCAAGGUCCCGCUCUCCAUCCAGAGACCGCAAAUCCGGCCUUCUAGGUGCUGCUCUUGGAGCUGGAGUCGCCGCGAGUGCCAUGGGUGCAUCACGACGAAAGAACCAGAGUCGAAGCCGUAGCCGUUCCCACUCACCUCGAGGUUAUCAAGUGCGCCAUCGACGGGACAGCAGCGAUCAUGAGAAGAGGCGUCAAAAGACCAAACGGGUCAGCCAGAAGUCAUCACGAAGUUCGGUCGCAUCGGGCCACAUGGUCGACAUCUCCCAAUCGCAUGAAUCUCAAGGUGGUUUCUUAGGAGGGUUCUUUACGGCCCCGCCCCCUAAAACAGCCAAGCGUCGCAAGAGUCAUUCUAAAUUGAAAAAGAAGAAGACGGGAUUCUUCAAUUUCGGCAAUGCCUCAUCCAGUUCUUCCGAUUCAGAUAUUGCAUUUGGCACUGGGUACGUCAGAAGCAAGAAGCGACCAUCUCGUAAAAGUUCAGAUGAGAAGUUGAAAACAACUCUUCUCGGAUUGGGUGCUACAGCUGCUGCUAUCACGGCAGCGCAAGCCAGUCGCAACAAAGGCAAAGUCGUUGCUGUGCGGGAUAAUCGCCACCCACGCUUGGGUAACGAUCGUCGGCGUUCUGGUGCAUCAUCUCGUUAUGGUGAUCAUCAGGAUGUUGACGGCUGGGAAGAUUUGCCGGAUGACGAUACCGCGGAUACCUCAAGUGUGAGCUCCGGUCUUGCUUUUGGUGAUUGGAGAGGAAGGAGUCAAGAGUCGCUCGCAUCGAAUGGCUCAGGCACCAACAAAUGGGGUUGGCGUUGGGGAAGCAAAAAGGAAAAGAAGAAGCCCUCGUCUGAAAACCUGUACAAUCAAGGUGGGAACUCAUCCUUUGUUGCACCUGCUGCAGCUGGCGCGCUUGCUGGCGCAGCAAUAGGCACAGGGCUCAGUCGACAUGAUAGCAGUGCAAGCAGCGCUCCGACCCUUCAGUCUGUUUAUCCAAUAGCUUCUAACGACCCUACCACAUUCGAUGCCCGGCGCACAAGUAGCACUAUGCCUACACCUCAACCAUUAGUGACCAAUCGACCGGGCGCCAUCAAUCUCCAGCACCCACAACCGAUUCAUCAAGUCCCGGAUGCCAUGUACACCCAAGGCCCUGCUCAACAGGGCUACGUUGCUCCUAAUGGUCCUCCCGUUUUCUCUCAAGCGACAUCGCAAGUCGCGCAGCCACACUCUGUCUAUGAUAACUCCCGCCCAUAUCCUCCUACUCCACGCCGCGCCAACUCAUCUCCUAUCCAGUCAUCAAGUUGGAAACAAAAUGCGGCACUCGCCGGUGUAGCUGCUGCUGGUGCAUUUGCUCUUACGAAAGGCCAGGAGCGCCCUCUUAGUUCUGCUUCCAAUGUUCGCUUCGAUCUGACCGAAGAGCAAGCACGUAAAGCUAGACGUCAGCAUCACCGUGAAGAAGAGGAAGAGCGCCGUCGCCGCCACGAUGAGGACAAGGUCGAAGAGGAGCGACGUCAUCGUGAGUUGUCGCGUCAACAAGAAGAAGCUAGAUUGCGCCAGCAGGAAGAGGAGCGACGACAUCGUGAAUUGUCGCGUCAACAAGAAGAAGCCAGGGUGCGUCAGCAAGAAGAGGAUAGGAAACAACUUGAGGCUGAGAGGCUUUUUCAAAUCAAGGAGGAACAGCGGCGCCGCGACUUCGAGGAAGAAGAAAGACGAGUCCGUGCACUUGAAGAGGCUGAUGAGAGAGAUCGUUUGGAACGAGAGUCUCGCAAAGAAGCGCAGCGUAGAGCGGAGCUUGACUCUGAAGCUGAAAAAGUGCGACUUGCCCGUCAAGCAGCUGAUCGUCGUGAAUCCGAACGUCGCGAAGGCGAGAUUCGCGAAGACACUGAACGCCGCCGCUGGGAAUCUGAUCGCUAUGAAGACGAUCGCGAACGUCGAAAGCUGGAUGCACAACUGACUGGUACUAGUUCGGUUGCUAGUGCUGUGCCACGGAAGGAACGCGAGCUUGAUGACCGAGAACGCGAUAUCAUUCGGCCUGAUACUUCCAAAUCUACUGUUCCAGCUGCCUUGGUCGCUGGUGUCGCAGCUGGCGCCCUGGGUGCUGCUAUACAGUCUUCCAAGCGUGACAAUCACAAAACCACGACGGUAGAACCAGCAGUGACCUAUGUUGAACCCAGCAAAAUUGAACAGGACUAUGCUGAUGACGAUAUUUUCAAUCCUAAUUUGUUCAAGAACAAGAAAAAGUCUCGAAAACAGUCUCCUCCUAGUGGUUCAGCCACUAAUGUUCUGCAAGAGUGGGAGAAGUGGCACGACGAGAAACCUGUUUCCCAAGCGGAGUUCUUUGCGCCCAAGGAACUCCGUGAACCUAGUUCUGUGUCCCCGAAGAUUGAUCCGAACGAAGGAGCCACCGAUCUACAUGUUUACCAAGCGCACGACGACUUUGACAUUGGUCCGCCAAAGACCCCACCAUACCCUCCUUCCUACUCGUUCACGGCCUCAAGAGAUGGUCGCAGUGGCCCACCAGGCCCAACGUGGUCAGUGCCUGCACUGAAUCUCAUUCAGCCUACACCUCCCGGUAGCACUGCAAACUCCGUUCGUGCUGUGUCACAGCCUCCUUCGCCUGCCAUCGAACCAGCUUCAAAUCCUGAGCAGAAGAAAGAAGAAGCACAACCAGACGCGUACACCAGAAGAGGCUCAAGAGUCAGCUGGGGCACCAACCAGUUCCACAAUUACGAAGUGCCGACUCCAGAUUCUUAUCGUGAGCAAUUUAUAGCGGAUGACGAUAUCAAGAAAGGGUCUAUUGCAUCGCAUGAUGAGAUUGUUGUGGAGCGUGACUCUCCCAACUCUGGCAAGAUGACGUCUACUUAUCGACCAUAUCAUCCAGAAUCUAGUGCGGAUUCUCAAGACAUACCAGAGCCAGAUGACGACAGCUGGAAUAGCAUCUCCACAAAGAAGUUAAGCAAGAAAGAUAAGAAAAAGGCCAAGGCUGCCGCCGCCGCCGCCGCUGCCGCAGCAGCGGCAGGAGCUGCUAUUCUUUCCCAAGAUGACAAGCUGGACACAGCUUCUACUGUAACGGAUCCGUUCGCGGACAAAUACGCUUCAUCGGAUGUGCAGUCGUCAUUUUCUCGAAGUAACGGCCAUCAUUCGUCACAGUACGAGACGAUCGAGCCCCGAAGUAUCGUGUAUGAUGAGAUUGCGACUGAGCCGGCCCAGAUACACGUGCCUGGCGGCUUCGAGGAUGAGCCGCCUCUGGAGUCGGAAAAUCCUGUCGAGGAUGAGUGGGCAGCACCCAUUAAGAAGAAGAAAGGCAAGAAAGGAAAGAAGUCCAAGGAGAAUGAAGAAGACUCGUCUCUGCACCAAACAGCUCAGACCACCGAACCCACAAUUCCAGUCACCCGUCAAUCAGAGUCUGAACCCUUACCCAUUUUUUCCGAAGAGCCAGAGCAGUCGGUUGAAGAUGAUUGGGCCACCUCUGCGAAAUCUAGCAAGAAAGACAAGAAGAAGAAGAAAUCGCAGAGCAUUGCCGAUGACCCUUGGGGACAAGAAUCAUCAAAAUCCGUCGACCUGGAACCCGUAUUUGGCACAGCGACUGCUCCAGAGCCCGAACCCGUCGUUGAGCCUGUUCGCGAGCCCGAGAAACCCUUGGAGGAGGAACAUGCCGCGCCUCUUUCUAAGAAGGACAGGAAAAAGAAGAAAAAGACACUUAGCACUGUCGAAGAUCCUUCCUCUCACGAUGUGCCCCGAGCUACAGAAAUCAUCCCAGAGAUCCAAACUACCAAGGAACCACAGCCAGAGCCAGAACCAAUUGUUGAUGAUGAGUGGUCGGCGCCAGCCAAAUUGAGCAAAAAGGACAAGAAAAAGAAGGCGAAGGCUGCCAAACGCACUGAUAGCUGGGAAGACACUGAAACUAAUACCCCUGUGCUGGAACGCGAUAUUCGAGACAUGGAGCCUGCUUAUACGACUCAAGACAGUUUCGCACGCCCGGAAAGUUCGAGCAAUGUAGCAGCGAGCGCUUUGGCUGGAGGAUUUGCAGGCCUUCUUGCUUCCACCAUGAAGCAGGAUCAGGAUCGGCUGGCCCAAGAUCGACAGCAUGCACGCGAGAACCUAAAUGCUGCCGAAAAUAGUGUCUCAAACGGAACUGGCUCAUAUGACGAACAAGAUCGCAAGUCCACAAUGCCUAGCAGUAUUGCCGAAGAAGAUUUGAGUAGCUUCCAAACCCCGAAGAAGACCAAGAAUAAGAGACAUAGUGGCAUGUACUCUCCUUCGAUUGGGUCGCCGCUUCGAUCAGAACUGCAAUACGAUGAUUAUGUUGGCACGACCGUCAAGCCCCGCGCACCGAUCGAAGACGUAGGCAUUCACUACUCCAAUCUUCCCAUCAACCCCGCGGUGCCCGAUUCUGCCCCGCCAGUCUCUAAAAGUGUUCGUGAUCUCAGCGAUCAUGCACUAGAUGAUCAGCCGGAGAUCGAUGGUGCGGAUCGUGACUCGGAUGAAUUCUUCUCAGCGGGUUCAGACGACCGCAAGAAAUCAAAGGAGAAAUCUCCAACUUACGACCGAUAUGAUGACCGUGACAACAGGUCGGUCAUCUCAUCAGGCAGUCGGUACGAGGAUGCUGUUGACCGAGAAGAACGACGCCGUCACCGCCACGGUGACCGCUCUGUAAGCCCGGAUCGUGGUUAUGCGCUAGACGAUGGUGACAACAAACGUAGACACCACCGACGUCGUGGAACUGAUGAGUGGGAUACCAGAUCAAUGGUAUCAGAGGCACGUUCAGAAGCUACGGGCGAGCGAAGACGCAAGCACAGAACCAGAGAUGGUGAGCGCAAUGGCUCUCCAGAACCACAUAUUGCAUCAUCUGCCGCUUCCGACCCUGGUGAUCUCUACGAACGGGAGCGCAAGUCUUCCCGACGGAAAUCAAGACGCGAUGGGGAUGACGAUAACGUGUCCAUAAUCUCAUCUCCACCGCGCUAUGAUGAAGAACGCAACAGCCCUAAGAAGGAGAAGCGGUCAUCGGGCCUUUUUGGACUCUUCAGCAAGUCAAGGGAAAGUUUACCUGAACCUUCGAGUAAAUCGUCCAAGACCAAAGAUGAUGAGUACGAUGGCGAGCGAAAGCACCGGAAAAAGAAGAAGAGUGAUCGAGGCUCUGCAUAUGGCUCGGAUGACGAUGAUGUACGCUCUACUGUUUCAUCAAGCAGUAGUAGGCACAAGCGGAGGAGUCGAACCGAUAGUUGGGAGAAUGAAGGCAGCAAGGAACCCUCAUCCUCCCGCCCCCGCUCCCGAUAUGCCGAUGAAGACAAAUCUUUUUUAGACGAUAGGGCAGUGGCGGCCACACCACUGCCCACAGGUGUGCUCUCGUCUCUUCACGACCAAGAUAACCUUCCCGAUAGUGGUAUUUCCGGAGAUCGAUCUCAACCUCUCCCAUCUAUUGACACCUCCGUCCCGUCUUCGAACGAUUCUCGCGAUGCCGAAAUUGCACGUCCUGUGACUCCUGCUAACGAGGAUCCCAAAACGUUUUUGACUAGGCUCACGGGCUUACAGCCAUGGCAACUUGAAGCUUUCCCCGAUGAGCUGCCACCGCUGCCACUGUCAAGACCGGUUAGUCCCAGCUUGCAAACACCAGAGCAGUACCAACUAAGUCCUCUUGCUGAACGCAACACGACGCCGACUUCUGUCCCUAUUCGAUUUCGUCGGAUGACUUCUUCACCUGGUGUCAUGCAGCAACGGGAUCUCGGACUUGAUCUGUCAAGCCCCCUCGCAUCACCUCGUCGUCCUCAACAUCCGCGACAUUCAAAAUCCAACUCAGCGGAGUUCAAGUCAUCCCGCGAGUUCAGGCCUCUUUAUCUAGUUGAGCGCAACCGGAAGUCUGUAGACAUGGAAGAUGAAAUGCUUCCGUCUCUACCCUCAAGCGGUAGUCCUUCACAGGCUUCUUCCACGACUGGAGAUGAGUUUCAAUCUGCGCUUCAAUCACCGGAUCUCAGCACCAGCGAUUCUUCUGAACAUCCUUUCCUGGACACCUUAAAUUUCAUUUCGCCGCCAUACGCUGGUCCUGAGAUUCAGCAUCCCGAACUUGAAAAUCGUGAGAUUGAAGAGCUGGAUGAGAGCCAGCAGUCUACACCUAAAGCUUCUACAUUUUCUGCUGGAAUUACAGGUGACGAUCCAGAUUCUAGACUGCCUGCUGACGUACUUGCUGCUCGCCUGGCAGACGUUCAAAAAGAUGAAGGCCAGGGUCUCGGUCUUUCUCUAUCGGAGCCGCAACCACGAAGUACUCCUGCUGAAAUUGCUUAUGCCAAUGAAGUUGAUACACGAGAUGUUUCUAAGUCUCACAGUGGCAGAGCUUCGCCUUCUAACUCGUCUUCACCCCUCAAAGGUGCCGCUCUUGGCGCCGUCGUGGGUGGUGUUGCGGCCGCUGCAUUGGGCGAGAGUUCUUCGACUACUGCGAACUACGAAGAUGACUUCAUGGGCGGAGAUCUCGAUCAAGAUACUAUCGAAGCUACCGCUAACUACUUGCCCCUCACCAAAGACAAAGAAGAAGUAGAGCGGCAAUCUCUCACGCCUGCACCUUCGUCUUCUACUAAGAAGGGAAAGAAAGGCAAGAAAGGCUCCAAGGGUAAAAGUAUCGAUCUCGACUCAAGCGAGAGCCCGAAGGAACUUACAGCUGAAGACUAUCAAAAGAUCAGGGCGCAAGAUGCUGCAGAUGCCAUUGAUGGUUGGUUCGAUACACCUGUGGAGAAACCCAAGGAUGAAGAAGAAAAGAAAGAGCCAAUCAAGAUUCCAGAGUCUCAGCCUGAUCCCAGCCUUCUUCGUCGCGAAAGCAAAGGAAAGGGGAAGAAGAAAGCAAAGUCUAAGAAGGGAUCUAUCUCAGUCUCUAGCUUGCCAGAAACGUCUGCCCCUGCGAACAAGGAGGAGCUACCUGCAUCUCAAAUUGCAACAAAAGACUUUGUCUCUACUGGAUACGAACCUGGUUCUUCCGCCAACUUUGUCCCGACCUUCAAUGACAAUGAAGAUGAUUGGGCGAACAAUCGUGCUGGAUCGGACACUUUCGAUGACGCUACCCUUGUUGGAAUUUAGAC